AUGUCUGAUCUUAUUGUAAAAGAAAUAAAGCGCCUCGGGCUCCUGGCAAAAGAAAAAAUACUUUUAUUCACUUACUUUACUUUAAAUGUAGAAAAAACAGCUGUUGUAGCAUCUUAUCUUAAUGACUUAGAUGAUGAUGAUGAAAAACGUAUUUAUUUGAGGUCUCUAAUCUUUCUACCUGGCUUGCCAUACAUAGAACCAGAACCUUUGCUUCGCACUUCUGGUGCGAAUUGGGAGUAUCAGCCUGACCCAUCUUUGAAGCAGAUUUUGCGGGAAGCGCUUAGAAAGCAUCAUAAAAAUUUUACUUUAGGGCGUAUUGACAAAAAAUCAGAUCUGCCAUUAUAUCUCUUCCUUUCUGGGGCCGGUACCGGCAAAUCUCGAAACGCUAACGAAUUUCACCAGACGGCAAUCACAUGUUUGUCAGCUCAAGAAGAUGGGGAGCUGUUGACCAAGAUUAAAGAAGCUUGGGUAUUCCAUACCAGCUAUGAGAAUGGCUUCAGCUUAAAAAAUGGGGAAGACAACCCUUAUCUUGCUAUCGGGACUCGUAUGCUAUUUCAACUUCUUAGAAAGCAGAUGGACCUUGAUGAAAUUAUCGAUACAUACAAGCCACCAAGUCCGAUGGAUGUUGUGAAAUUGAUUGCCAAACACUAUAACCGAGACAUGAAAAGUGCUACAGUCAUUUUGAUUGUUGACGGAAUGCAACAGCUUAUGAAGGACAAAGAUGAUGGUUUAAAGUUAGAUUCUAUGUUUUAUAGAACUUUGACAUCGUUUGCAGAUCUUGCGUUUAGUGGCACUUUCAUAAUACCUGUUUGUACCUCAACUAUCACUGGACCGAUUGAUGGUGUGUUGAGAAAUUUGACAAGGGAUCGUGUAUACCUUCCGGUCUCUUCUCUACAACCUCCAAACGAUCAACAGGGAGUCCCGGUCUUUAAAAAUGAUAAGAUUACUAAUACUAUUGUGGAAGACUGCGGAGGACAUGGAAGGGCUCUAGAAGUUCUGAAUGAUUGCUUGGACGGUCGUAGCAUUGAAGAAUGCAAUGUCGAUACUUUGAUGAACGAUCUGCGUUAUAACCUUACUAAAAAAUACCGUGAUGCUAUUUUUAGUUCUGUGGAAGAAGCCAGGCCUAUUGCGCGAGCAAUAUUGACUAGAUGCCUCUUAAAUAGAUAUAAACCUAUUCCCAAAACUGACAAAACACCAGAUGAAUUUGUUGGGAGUGGGAUGAUUCGAUUCGAGCAAAUAGAAAACACACCAAAAGGAUACCUCACUGCACCGUACAUCUGGCUCUGGAUAUUUGUAGAGAUGUCUCAACGGCUAGGAGAUCCAAUACUUCGGGAUUGGGAAUUUGCUGAUUAUGGAGAGCAAAGAGCACUCUUGAAUCCAGUAACAUCGUUGCAAGCCAAGUCAUGGCAGAGUUUUGAAAAAUUUGUCGUAUCAUUUCGUUGUAUAAAAUCAGCUGUGAUUGAAGAAAAUGAAACAACUUCGAUCUCAGAGGUUCAUGCGGGAGCACGUUUGAAUGGCGAUAUCCAAUUUAAAAACCACAAUCUACAACUUGAAGUUGCAAAACACCAUACAGACACAAGGUCUAAAACUCUUACUGCAAGCGAAUGGAAUGUUGAUUGCUAUAAUUCUACUGUUGAUGUCCGGAAAUUCAAACACUGUAUUAUUAAUGCCCCAGCUUCACCAUAUGGAGUUUCCUUCCUUUCAUUAGAUCAGCCGGGUACUGAGAGUCCGAAUGAAAUCCACCAAUUCAAAUUACGAAAAAAAGCAGUCAGUAAAAAGGAAUACCAAGAAGAGCGUGAAAAAUCUGCAUCAGAAAAUGAUUUUUUCAUCCUCUUUACAUCUGCAAAUUGUAAUAUUGAAAUUCCGAAAAGGUCUGGAAUUGUAGAUAGAAAUGCAUUUACGAACUAUUUUGGACCAUUUGCUGGAAGAGCAUACAGAUCCGCUAUGGCUAAUCCCUCUAUCUAUAAUAAUAAUAAAGUCAAGAAUAUCCAUACUGUUUCUCUUGGACAAAUCCGCAACAUGAAUCAAAUUAGCAAAGAACAAGUGAAUGCAAAAACAAAGAUACCAAUGAAGAAUUUUUAUUUCCGAAAAGGGCUUCACGUGAUUUCUCGCGUUUUUCCUCGAUUCAUUUGA